AUGUCUGAGCCAGGCGACCCUCAGACCCCGCCGACGACGGCCAUGGCCUCGACGACCCUCUCCACCACCGGCAGCUUCCCCUCGCCUACCAUCGCAGUAGGUUUUCACGGCGAAGGAGGUGUUGAAGCUCGCCCGUCGCUCGCCGCCCAUAUAUCCGAUUCGGCCGCCCAGCCGACAAAGUUCCAGAGUCCCAUGAGGCAUCACCGUCGAACACCCUCUGCCCAUCGCGAGGUCAAGGAAACCCUCGACGCCGUGACUGAGUAUGGCAGCGAGGGCCAGGAUGGACGGAGUAAUCACCGCAUCAACCAGUACAUCAUAAAGCAGGAGAUCGGCAGGGGCUCCUACGGUGCUGUCCACCUCGCGACCGACCAGUUUGGCACCGAAUAUGCUGUCAAGGAGUUCUCCAAAGUUCGGUUGCGCAAGCGGGCGCAGUCCACUAUGUUGCGCCAAGGUGCUCGCCGACCCCAACGGUUCGCUCGUGUAAGCCUCAACGCGCCCUUGUCGGCGCAUUUUGGAGAUUUCCAGGAGAACAAGACCACCGCGAGCGCCAGCGACGCCCUGUUCUUCAUCAGAGAAGAGAUUGCCAUUAUGAAGAAGCUGAACCACCCGAACCUCGUACAACUGAUCGAGGUGCUCGACGACCCGGAGGAGGACUCGUUGUACAUGGUCCUGGAGAUGUGCAAGAAGGGCGUAGUUAUGAAGGUCGGCCUGAACGAGAAAGCCACCCCCUACAGCGAGGAUUCUUGCCGUUACUGGUUCCGAGACCUGAUUCUCGGCAUCGAGUAUUUGCACGAACAAGGCGUCAUUCACCGUGACAUCAAGCCGGAUAACCUCCUCCUGACUGAGGACGACGUUCUCAAGGUUGUGGAUUUCGGAGUCUCAGAGAUGUUCGAGAAGCCCGGAGAUGGCAUGAUGACUGCCAAGUCAGCCGGCUCGCCCGCAUUUCUUGCCCCUGAGCUCUGCGUAGUCAGACAUGGCGAUGUGGAUGGUAAAGCCGCCGACAUCUGGUCCAUGGGUGUUUCGCUUUACUGCCUGCGCUAUGGCAAGAUUCCUUUCGAACACGAUGGCGUGCUGGAAAUGUACGAAGCCAUCAAGACCGAGUCUCCGAGCAUUCCCGACGACGAAAACCCCGACUUCGUAGAUCUUAUGAACAGAGUCUUGGAGAAGGAUCCCAAAAGCCGCAUCCCGAUGACCGAAUUGAGGGACCAUCCUUGGGUCACGAAAGGUGGCGCCGAUCCCUUGCUGUCCAAGGAGGAGAACUGCUCAGUUCUUAUUGAGCCCCCAAACGAGCUCGAGCUGAACCGCGCUUUUACGCGGAAAAUGAAUCAUCUCCUCUGUGUGAUGAAAGCGAUCCACAAGUUCAAGACUAUCCUCAUCAGGCGGAGACAAAGACUCAAACCUGAAGCAACCUCGCCAAGGGAUGACGGCAGUAAUCAGCCGUCCAACCAAGACAGGGAUGCAGCUCGAGAAGCAGAAAUCGAAGCCCUCGUCGCAAAACGUCGCGAGUUCUUGAAGAAGCAAGGAGGCGGCGAUGCUCAGAGCGGCGAUACGAACGAAAGGUCCGAUAAGGAACCGCUGAUCCUUGGUAUCGGCCUCGGUGCCAGAGACGAGUUCGACAAGAACGAGCCGUCGGCAGGUGCCGUAGCCGAGUCGCCGACCAACGUAGACUUCAACAUUUACGACAAGGCGUACGAGGCCGAGGUGGAGCGCAUCAUGUCGAAACCGAAGAGACAAACGACCAUGUACCUGACGCGGUUUGUCAAGGAUCGCGAACACUACAAGGAGGUCGCCAAUGUCAUUGAGGGGACGUCCGCCGCCGUUACACCAGCCGGAACACCGAAAUUUGAUACCCACCAGGCGGCAUCGAAGGGCCGGUUUGCGGACUUGGUGUCCAGCAUGACGGGCAAGGGCAAAGCUGCUGAGGCCGAGGACGAGGAGAAGUAG